AUGCUUUUGGUCUUUCUCCACCAAUCGCAUGAGGCUCUGUUUUGGGAUGAUGACGCCCAACUUUCUAGACUUCGCCCUCAUGGAGAUGAUUUCUCAGCCACCAACCUUCCGGAAGCCAAGGUGGGCUUAGAUUUUCACAAGUCAAACAAGACCUCCGGGAGUUGGGUGAAGACGUAUCUUGGCUAUGGCGGAGAUCCUACCGACCCUCCUUCCAUCAAUGAAGUAUCCUAUACUGAGCAUGUGGCUUUUCUUGUGAUGUGGUUGUGCAAGUUCUUGGCAUGCCCAAAAUCCGGGGGGAUUACUAAGGAAUUUCAAGCCUUGGCGGAGGUACUUGCGGAUGGCCAUCAAGUGGCCAUGAGCCCAAUCUUUCUUGCCUAUCUUUAUAGAGGGCUCCGCGAGGUAAUCACUAAACCCAUGGAUUAUCAUGCUUCUGACUCUAUAUGGAUUUUUCAAUUGUGGCUCCAGUUAUAUUUUCUGGAAUUAAGUCCAACCACUGUUUGCCCAAACAAUAAAGCACUUCUAGGUCCGCCCUUGCUCAAUGCCCCACGCCGGAAGCAUUAUGUUGAGAAUUGCUUCCGAUUUUUCUAUGGGUGUCAGGAGAGGACUAGGGAGCAUCUCUCCAUUUGCCUAGAUCACCUUUUCCAGGAUUAUCUAGCCCUGGAUCUUUCCUCAUAUCCUAUGGCGGAGACGAAAGAGGAGAGACAUAAUAUGUGGGCAAAUAUCCUCAUCAGCCGAGAUCUUCCAUAUGGCCUGAUGAUGAACAAAGGUAGCAACUAUCAUUGUGGUGGUGAGCUUUAUUAUCCCGCCGCCGCCAACUACCAGCUUGGUUUUAUACAGCGCAUCCCGAUACCACCCAUGAAUUUCGUCAACCUGCUUUCCUCUUGGUGGGUGGAAUUUAAAGAUGUAAACGAAGUCACCACCUUGACGAAUUUCAACCAAGAGUUGGUGAAAUCCUUCAGUAUUCCGAUUAGAGAUCCUCAGUUUGGUGACUCUAACAUUUUUAUCCACUGGUGGAAAGAGAUGUCGGCCAGUUGGUUUUCUCAACCAUGUUCAGAGAUUGAAGAUAAGGUCUUCAGGCAUUGCCCAUGCUCAUUGGCCUUUCAGCAAGAGAAAGAGAAGAAGAAAGCCCAAGCAAAAGGUUCCCCAAGGCCGAUGGAGCAUCCUUCUUCUUCUCCCUUGAUUGGGGCCGUGCAAUCGGCCACUACUUUGUCCGCCGCUCCGGAAACUCAAACUUCCGCACUUGAGAAGGAAAUUGGGGCCCAAAUCAUAACUCCGGUGGGCGAGGAUGAGUCGGCCGAGAUUAAUACCACGGAGCACCCGGAGGAUGUUUCCACGAGGUCACACGAGAUUAUUCUCAUGCCUGAUGAUCACGCCAGUGAGCAUGUGGCCGAGCUGACCAAGGAAGACUUCCCACACGUCCCUGACUCUCAGCGGGCCAUUUUUGGCCCCGGACUUUCUUUGGCCGACACCACGGUCAUUGAGGCCGAAUUUCAGCCCCUUUUUGCUAUAAGCUCGGACUCUCCAUUGACUUGCCCUCUCGAGGCACCCCAAAGUGGCUCAACUUUUCAGGCGGAUGCCAACAUUACGGUCGACCAUGCGAUCGUCAUCAGUGGUGCGCCUUCCACUAUUCCCACCAACGGAAGUGCACCACCUGAGCCCGUCCUUAUGUUGACCUUGGGAGCUCCUACCUUGGUGGACGACGUUAUUCCAUCUGAACUCCAACUUGAGAUUGGAGAGUCUUCAUCCUUUGUGCCUGCCGAGAGUACCAUGAAUCCAUCGGUGGAGGAUGAAAGAAGCUUGGCAAUGGUCCCUCAUGAAGAGGCCCCUCUACCAUCCCCUGAUCAGUGGGAUGCAUCUAUAUCUUUGUUUAAGGCUUCCACUCGCCUUGCCACUUUUUCCACCAUAACCGGGGCCUUACCAGAUUCUGGGGCUGAAGCCCUACUUCGGUCAUACAGAGAUGGAGAUCUCAUGUCCAUGGAGGACAAAGAUGAGAGAAACAAGCUCAAGGCCACCAUCGAGAUUGUGGCGAGUUUUGGCUUUUUUUCCAAUCCACGCUCGUCGGCUAUGAUCACUUAUCUCUUUGGUCAAGUGGAGAAGUUUGCCCUCCACUGCCGUCCUUUUCUGGAGGAGCAAAGGAUGGGCCAAGACUUGGAACAACAGAUUACCUCAUGUAGUGCCACCAUGACGAAGGAGAUUGAGAUUGCCCACUAG